AUGUGUGGUAUUUUCGCCUACGUCAACUACCUUGUGGAAAAGGACCGCCGCACGAUCAUCGAUACCCUGUUGAACGCGCAGGCCCGCCUUGAGUACCGUGGGUAUGAUAGCGCUGGUCUCACCGUCGACGGUGACACCGACAAGGAUGUCCUGAUCUUCAAGCAGGUCGGCAAGGUCAAGGCUCUCCGUGAGCACAUCAACGAGUCCCCCGUGGACUUUAGCCGCACUUUCCUUUCGCAUGCCGGUAUGGCCCACACCCGUUGGGCGACCCACGGCCCCCCGUCGCCGCUCAACUGCCACCCCCACCGCAGCGACCCGAAGGGUGAGUUUACCCUUGUGCACAACGGUAUCAUUACCAACUACCGUGAGCUGAAGCUCGUCCUCGAGAAGAAGGGCUACAAGUUCGAGACCGACACCGACACUGAGGCGGUGGUCGUGCUCGUUAAGUACUUCUGGGACUCGUACCCCGAGAACCGCAAGCCCGACUUCCACACGGUCGUCCGCUGCGCCAUCAAGGAGCUCGAGGGUGCCUUCUCGUUCGUCUUCAAGUCGGUGCACUUCCCGGGCGAGAUUGUGGUGGCCCGCCGCGGCUCGCCGCUCCUGAUCGGUGUCAAGACCGAGAAGAAGCUCAAGGUCGACUUUGUCGAUGUCCAGCUCGGCAACCAGUCGGACGCCGACGGCUACGGCAACGAGCCGAACCUGAACAACCCCCCGAGCUUUGAGCAGGGCGGCAUCCAGGCCGUGCAGAACCCGGGCAGCAUCGACAAGCUGAUCCGCUCGCAGUCGCGCGCCUUCCUCUCGGAGGACGGUCUGCCCCAGCCGAUCGAAUACUUUGUGGCGUCGGACGCCUCGGCGGUGAUUGAGCACACGAAGCGCGUGCUCUACCUCGAGGACGACGACAUUGCCCACAUCGCCGACGGUGAGCUGCACAUUCACCGCCUGCGCCGCAACGACGGCCUGUCGACCACGCGUUCGAUCGAGACCCUCGAGAUGGAGCUCGCCGAGAUCAUGAAGGGCCAGUUUGACCACUUUAUGCAGAAGGAGAUCUACGAGCAGCCCGAGUCGGUGGUCAACACCAUGCGUGGCCGUGUCAACUUUGACUCGCGCCACGUCAAGCUCGGUGGCCUGACGCAGUAUCUCUCGACCAUUCGCCGCUGCCGCCGCAUCGUCUUCAUCGCAUGCGGUACCUCGUACCACUCUUGCCUUGCUACCCGUGCCAUCUUUGAGGAGCUCACCGAGAUCCCCAUCUCGAUCGAGCUGGCGUCCGACUUCCUCGACCGCAAGUCGCCCAUCUUCCGCGACGAUGUGUGCGUCUUUGUGUCGCAGUCGGGUGAGACCGCCGACACGAUCCUUGCCAUGCGCUACUGUCUCGCCCGCGGUGCGCUCUGUGUGGGUAUUGUCAACACCGUCGGCUCGACCAUCUCGCGCGAGACGCACUGCGGUGUGCACAUCAACGCCGGCCCCGAGAUCGGUGUCGCGUCGACCAAGGCAUACACUUCGCAAUACAUCGCUCUGAUCAUGAUGGCUGUGCAGCUCUCUGAGGACCGCCUGUCUAUGACCGAGCGCCGCAACGAGAUCAUCGAUGGCCUCCACGCUCUGCCCGAGCAGAUCCGCACCGUGCUGAACCACGACAAGAUGUACCAGGACCUCGCCUACAACGUGCUUGCCAGGGAGAAGUCGCUGCUCAUCAUGGGCCGUGGCUACCAGCACGCCACCUGUCUCGAGGGUGCGCUCAAGAUCAAGGAGGUCUGCUACAUGCACUCGGAGGGCAUCCUCGCCGGUGAGCUCAAACACGGUCCGCUUGCGCUGAUCGACGAGUCGAUGGCCGUCAUCCUCGUGAUGACCAAGGACUCGCUGUACCCCAAGGUGCAGACCGCCCUGAGCCAGGUCAUUGCCCGCAGCGGCCGCCCCAUCAUUAUCUGCAACGAGGACGACACCAACGUGACCGAGGACGGGCGUGCAAUCCGCGUGCCCCAAACUGUCGACUGUCUGCAGGGUCUCCUGACCGUCGUGCCGCUCCAGCUUCUUUCAUACCACCUGGCCACUGCGUGCGGCGUCGACGUCGACUUCCCCCGCAACCUGGCCAAGAGUGUGACCGUGGAGUAA